GGCACCAUCAAUUCAUUCAUCGGAUCAAAGCAGACGACCACAUAACACGGACCUAGAAACAUCAAUUUUUUUUGAUUACUGCUAACACACAUUGAUCCUCUCAAGCCGGACAACGUGUUUCCAAGCGCAGAGCAUUUGUCGGUAUACGUGAAAAUAUUCAUUUUUUUCAUCUACUACACAUUUCUCAUCUCACCGAUAUCGUUCAGUCAAGCGCACGCACCACGUGGUCGUGAUUUUUUCUUAAGCGCAGUGUGUAGUUUGUCGGCAUAACAUUGGCCCAAAAACAUCUUUUUUUUUCGUCCAGUGUAAAAUACAGUAAGUGCCAUUCGACUGUUUUUACUGUAAGUAUUAAUUUUUAUAAUUUUUAAUUGUUCAAAAGUGAGUUUAGAUCAAGAGGCAGUGUUCAGUGUGUAAACGAAUUUAUUCGAUUUUAACUUGCAGUAUAUAUAGAAAAUAUGAGUCAAAAAAUGAUUAGAGCCAUGAAGGACUUAAAAUUGAACAACGUGGAAUGUAAAUCUGAUAUUAAGAAAUCAGAAGAAGAUCAACAUUGUAAUUCUGAUUUUAUCAAUAUUUUAAAAGUACUUGAUGAUGAGUUCCAAUCCUAUAAAGAAUCAGUAAUAUCAGAUUUACAGAGUAGAGCGUCUACCUCCAAACCAACAAAAUCAAGUACAAAUAUUAAAGUUUAUGGACUAGAAUUCAUAAAUAGUUUUAUUAAUGAUAAAAGCUAUGAAUGUAACUUUUAUGAAAAUAGUUUUAAUAGACAAGUGUCUUUAGGUGGCAGCUUAGAUUUGAUUAUUAAUUCAAAGUUAAGAAAUGGCAAACAAUAUUUUCAUUGUGUGGUUUGCAGAAAAAACUACAAUCCUGAUUAUUUUACUUUGAUUGAACAUAUAAUCAGUGCGUCACACAUGAAAAAUUUGCAAAGCCUAAUAGAGUAUGCUACACAGUACAAUCAUGAUGAAAUUCAAAAUAUUACUUGGUUUGCUGAAAAUUAUAUUUCAGUAAAGUGGGACGACGCCAAGGCUAGGUGUCAUGCAUGCCAAGUCAAUUUAAUAAGAGAAGAAGACAGACAAUUACACAUGCAAACAAAUUCUCAUGUAAAGAAGGUUCAACAGAUAAAAGUUUAUGAUAUAAAGCAGAAAAUUCUAGCCAUCAUAGAAGAUGUUUGGUAUUACACUCGAUUUUUUAAUUGUACCUUGUGCAAUGAAGAGUUUGAUACAGAAAUGGAAUUUCUUGAACAUUUGAAGAGCGAUGAUCAUUAUAAUAUUGAAUUGCCAUUCAGAGCUAUAGGGGGUGAAAUAGUUUUCCUAACAUGUUUUGCAUGUGAAACAGGCUUUUAUGGAGAUCUCAGAAAGUAUUAUGAACACUGUGAAGAUAUUUUUCACAAACGCUAUUCUAAAAUAGGUGACUUUGUUCUGUCGGAAAUGACGCCACCCUUGUUGAAAUUAUUAGAUAAUAUAGAAGAUUCAAAACAAAAAUGUAUCAAGGAAUCAAACUCAGUCAUUUUAGAAGAUGAACAAGAACAAAAUGUAUUGAAAGAAAUUAUAAAAGUUGUUGAAUGCAUUUAUCCAAACGCAAAGGCACAUAUAUUUGGUUCAAGAUGUUCCCAAACUGCACUAUCUAAUAGUGAUUUAGAUAUUUUUUUAGAUUGUGAUGAUAUGUAUUUUAAAGACUGUAAUAGUGUCCUUGACCUAAAACAUUUAAAAUCAGUGAUAAAAUGUCUUAAUAAUCAUAAAGAUGACUGGUACAUAUUCGAAGUAUUAGAUGAAGCUAGGAUACCUAUUAUUAAACUGCGUCAUUAUCCAUCUGGUCUCGAUUGCGAUAUCUCUUUUUCGAAUGGACUGGCUCAUAGAAAAUCUAAGCUUAUUAGAUAUUACAAUGAUGCUUAUCCAAUGUGUAGGGAGCUUAUAUUGUACUUAAAAAAAUGGGUGGUGUAUUCACAAUUGUCAGGCCCCGAAGGUAUUUCAACUUUCACCAUAUCAUGGCUUGUCAUAUUUUACUUACAAUGUAAAGGUGUAUUUCGAAAUGUCUAUGAUUUGUUAAAAGCUCAAAGAAGUUCCACAAUGAUUGAUGAUUGGGAAUGUGGAUACAGAGAAGAUUUUUGUCUCAAGUCAAAUUCAAAUUCAAGUUUCGUCGAUCAUCUGGUAGGCUUUUUUGAGUUUUAUGCUAAAUUUGAUUUUCACAAGAACGUAAUAUGUCCGUACUUGGGUAUUACACUCGAAAAAGAAAACUUUGCAAAGAUGGAACUUCCCUCAAGUCUUCUAUCUAUACUAAGUGUUAAAAAGAAGAAAGAUGUAUCACUUUUGCAAUUUGACUCACCAAUGUGUAUGCAGGAUCCAACAGAAUUGGGGCAGAAUUCAACAAAAGCACUUAAAAAGCGCCAACUCAGAUGGUUUAGAGAAUAUUGUUCUAUAAGUGCAGAGAAAAUUAAAUCACAACGGUCUCAGAAUUCAACAAAAGUUCUAAAAAAAUGUCAUUUUUGGUGUCUCAGAGAAUAUUCCUCCGCAAGAGCCAAGGAGAGGAAACCUUUGUAAUAUAGUUUUAUUCGAUAUGAUAAUUGAAAACAUCGAAAUUGUUUGUAAUGGUUUUUACAAAGAAAAUUUUAUUUUUCAAUUCUGUAAUAUAGUAAUUGCCACUUUAGUGAAAAACUGCACUAUAC